AUCAUCUACUCGUACCGUCUGAUGACCAGAGCAAGACCACAAAGGAGGCAAACGGCCAGCCAAAAAAAAUGAACGAGCUACCAGAUGACAGCCUUCAUGGGGAGUCCAUCGUGAAUAGCGAUAUAGACAUCUACGCCGGACAAAUGAAGCAGUACGAGACGAAAUCUGACGAGAACAUGUCUCUCUUCGAAAAGAAGUUCCAACGAAGAAAUCUAUUUCGAAGGAACCGAGGUCCUCCUUCCAGACCCAUUCCCCCGCCUUAUCAUCGAAUAGGCCCACCUCAAGAAACCACUACGUUGAGUUUUAUGGACGAUUUUGAUCAGAGCCUCUUGCAAAUUACCACGCCCACUACUACCACCACGACAACCACUGAGAAGACCACGACUACCACCCCGCCUCCUAUUGAGUGGGCCAAGAUCUCGGGAGAGACUUUUGGCGAUUGGUUGGGAGGCGUGCACUACAAAUACCCCACCAAAUAUUCUGAUGUGACUCCACAGUUCUUGGCUCCAAUCAACGUGGAUGACGAGACAGGUGAUCUCCAGUUUAUCAAAUCCAAUGCACUUCUAACUGAGAGCGGAGAAGACAAAAGCCCUGAUAUUGAACGCCAAAGCCCUCAAGCUGAAUCCCGACACGACGAGAAAGGUGGCGUGGAAGUGAAAGAUGAAAAAUCGAGUGUUGAAAAUGACCCCCAUCAAACAACUGAAUCGGGGUUAAGCCUCUAUCAUGGGGGCCCUGCUCUAUAUCGUCUUCCGGGGCCUAAUGGUCGUGGUGGACCCGGGGGAAAUGGAAGAAGAGGAUACAGAGGUCGAUUCCUUCCCAAUGGAAGAUUCGUCUCUAGGCCACCGUUUCGAGGUGGACCUAGGGGACGAUAUGCUGCCACACGGCGAUACGCAAAUGGACCCAAUGGGCCCAGGGGACCCCCCUUAUUCAACCAAAGGGGUCAAUCAUAUCCCCCUUUCUACCGAAGCAGAGGUCCUCCACUUGGUGGGAGAUAUCGCGGCAGGCAAAAUGUUGGCCCGCCAUUGCCCAGUCAUAUUGAAGGGGGGCCUAGUUUGGAUCCAGGAACUUACAGUGUUGAGGAGGUGAACGGUCUUCCUCCUCCUCAAGGUGGUCCAGUUGGUUAUGAUGGUGCCCCUUCUUUGACAUCCAACGGCAAUUACGAGAUCCAUGAAGGCAAUGAGGGCUCUCCUUACUGAGUUCCUCACACCUCAAAUAACCCUUCCGAUGGAUCGGUGGAGUAUGUAGAUGAGGAACCCGGAAAGAUUUAUGGUAUUGAGCUGAACAACAACCAACUAGAUCCACCUCCAGGCAGAUAUGGCAA